AUCCCUCUAACCCUAAUCUUUAUUAUUGUUCUAUCUUCAUCACCAUUAUGGGCUUCUCCAUCACUCCACAUCCAUCAACACUUUCUUCAUUGCCUCUCACACCAUUCUCCACACACUUAUCCCAUCUCCAAACUAGUUUACACUCCCAUAAACUCUUCAUAUUCAUCUGUUUUGAACUUCUCCAUUAGAAACCUCAUAUUUUCAAACCCUCAAACACCAAAGCCACUCCUCAUCAUAACACCCUCACACAUUUCCCACAUCCAAGCAGCCGUCAUAUGCUCCAAAGCCCAUGACCUACAAAUCCGAACAUGAAGCGGCGGUCAUGAUUUCGAGGGUCUUUCUUACGUCGCCGAUCAACCAUUCAUCAUUGUUGACCUAAUAAAUCUAAGGUCCAUUAAUGUCGGACGUUCAAACCAACACCGCAUGGGUUCAAUCAGGAGCCACUUUGGGUGAGCUUUAUUAUAGAAUUGGUGAGAAAAGUAGGAGCUUGGCGUUCCCGGCGGGGAUUUGUCCGACGGUGGGGGUUGGUGGGCAUUUCAGUGGCGGUGGAUAUGGGUUGAUGCUGAGGAAAUAUGGGCUUGCUGCUGAUAAUGUGGUGGAUGCUUAUUUGGUUGAUGCUAAUGGGAGGGUUCAUGAUAGAGAGUCGAUGGGGGAGGAUUUGUUUUGGGCCAUUAGAGGUGGCGGCGGAGGGAGCUUUGGUAUUGUGGUGGCGUGGAAGGUCAAGUUGGUUGUGGUUCCGGCGGUUGUGACCAUGUGCUCGACGAAUAGAGAUGUGGAGGACGAUGCAAUCAAGCUAAUACAUCGGUGGCAAUAUGUGGCUAACCAAUUGGAUGAUAAUCUUUUCCUUGGCAUCCUUUUGACUGGUGGGAAUUUUUCGACUCGAGAAGGCAUAACGAACCCAACAGCCACAUUCUUCUCUUUAUAUCUCGGAAAGCUAGACGAGCUUAUAGCCAUAUUAAAAACAACUUUUCCCGAAUUAGGUUUAACAAAAAAAGACUGUGUAGAAUCGAGUUGGAUCCAAUCAACCCUAAUAGCGUCCACAGGGGUUCAAACCUUCGAGCCCCUAGAAGCUUUACUCAAUAGAACACCCCCGACCAUCGAAAGCACCAAAUUCAAAUCCGAUUACGUCAAGGACCCAAUUCCCGAGGCGGCAAUCGAGGGCAUAUGGCAAAGAUUAAAAGCUCAAGACAUAGAAGUUCCACAAAUCUUAUUCAUUCCUUAUGGAGGUAGAAUGAGCCAAAUUUCAGAGUCCGAAACUCCAUUUUCACAUAGAGCUGGAAAUCUCUACAAGAUUGGAUAUGCUGUAUCAUGGAAAGAACAAAGUUUAGAUGCAAAGAACAGGCACAUAAAUUGGAUACGAGAGGUGUAUGAAUACAUAACUCCUUUUGUUUCAAAAUCACCAAGGGCUGCGUAUGUCAAUUAUAGAGAUCUUGAUAUUGGUACCAAUAAUAAGUAUGGCAAGACAAGCUACGAGCAAGCCAGCAUUUGGGGCAUGAAGUACUUUGGUAACAAUUUUAAUAGGCUUGUGUAUGUUAAAACUAUGGUGGAUUCUCAUGAUUUCUUUAGGCACGAACAAAGUAUACCCGUAAAACUUGCUUGA